AGAGAGAGAGAGCAGCACUGAGGAUUGAGAGGGAAGGGGAACAAGAGAGAGAAAAGGACAUAAAAGGGCGAUUGUAGGGUCUUCACCAAACAGCUCGUGUAUUGUUAACCUUCUUGUGCUCCGAGUGAGCUGUAGGAAAAUGACAGAAGCGGAGUUAUAUGAUGAAUAUAAAGGGGUUUAUGUCCCUAAACGCCUUCACCCUCCUGAGAGCCUGAAAUACUAUGAGGACUUCACUUUCCGGCGGGACGACGUGCUGAUCGUGACCUACCCGAAGUCCGGUACGACAUGGCUGCAGGAGAUUGUACCGCUGAUCUUCAGUGCCGGAGACCUCGCCUUGGUUCGAACUGUACCAAACUGGGACAGGGUACCCUGGCUGGAAGAGCAUCGAGCAGUUUUGCUGAAUCUGGAGCAAAGACCCUCGCCUCGAGCCUUUGCCACCCACUUUCACCGUUAUAUGAUGAACGAGUCGUAUUCCAAAGUGAAGCCCAAGGUCAUUUACGUAAUGCGAAACCCCAAGGAUGUGUUCACAUCUUCCUUCCACUACUAUGGAAUGGCUUCCUACUUGGUGAAUCCAGACAGUGCUGAUGAGUUCAUGGAAAAGUUUCUAAACGGCAAAAUAAUGUUUGGCUCAUGGUUUGAUCAUGUGAAGGGAUGGCUGAAUGCUAAAGAUCAAGAGCACAUUUUCUAUGUUGCCUAUGAGGAACUGAUACAGGAUUUGAAAGGAUCUGUCUCGAGAAUUGGCCAGUUUCUUGGAAAAUCUCUGAGUCCAGAAAUGAUUGAGAAAAUAGCCGAAAACUGCCUGUUCAAAAACAUGAGGCAGAACAAGAUGUCCAACUACUCUCUGGUCCCGGAAGAGUUCAUGGACCAGAAGAAAUCAGAGUUUCUCAGGAAAGGAGUUGUUGGAGACUGGAAGAACCUUUUCACGGAGGCCCAAACAGAGAGAUUCGAUGCUGUGUACAAAGACAAAAUGAAAGAUGUGAAGUUCAAAUUUGCUUGGGAUUAAUGGAAAUCACUAUAUCCGUAUAACGGUUGUGCCAUUAUGAUGUUAUAACCGCUCAAGGAAUUUUGUGCACUUUUUUGAUAGUGUGCAAGUGCAAUGUUCUAUUAAUACACUAGAUUUAUGUUAAACCCGUUUCAGGUACACCUUGGCAUUGGUUUAGAGAUUAAAAUAGUCUUAUUUGACUCUUAGGGUAUUUGUUGUUUAUUCUAUAGAACAUGUAUGACAAAAAUGUUGGACACCAGGUUUGUAUGAUGCCUGUAAGACAGGCACCAACUGAACCAACUGGUGGGUGGUCACAGGUUGAGGUUGUAUUGAACUUUGUCACCUCUACUAGAUGCCCAGCAUACAGAAAUGGGCUUUUAGAAUGAGAUUGGGUUUUAGUAUGCAAGUUUGGGUGCAAGGUUUCUGUAAACAAACAAAGGUUGGAUAGAUAACAAGCUAUUUGUUCAAUGUGUGUUAAUUAUACCUCACUAAAUCCAUCCAUCCAUCCGUCCAUCCAUCCAUCCAUCCAUCCAUCCAUCCAUCCAUCCAUCCAUCCAUUAUCUUACACUUCUCCGGGGUUUGAGUUGCGGAGGCAGCAUCCUAAGCAAU